CAGAAGAAGAAGAAGAGCGGUGGGAAAUUUGACAGUGCGCGAAAAGCUGUUGUUCUUAUUUCUUCAUUAUUUGACUCCACACAGACAUUAACAGUGAAUUAACUCAUGUUUACACGACAUGGACCGGUACGUGUUGCUCGUUUCUUUCCGUCAAACUGACGACGAAGCGACCGAGGAGAAUAAAGGUCUGGAGCCAGUGCAGCUCAUAUAUAACAGACUGGUGGAUAUCUCCUCUGUGGAGUCGGUGAGAGGGAUCUCUGGGUUUCCAGCUUGUUCUCUGGAUGGCAGCCCAGCCGGUCUCAAGUGGUACUUCGCUGUUCAAGCUUGCCAGGGAGCAACACAGUUUUGCAGCUUGGACUGGGAAGAGUUGGGAACAGGCCAUCAGAAAACUGAUGGGGAGGAGGAGAAGCCUACUGCUGUGGAGUCAUGUCUCAGUUGUCUGAGUAAUGAGGAGGCGCUGGAGCAAAAAGCUGAUCAGCCAGCACUCACAGAGAUGUUCGAGGAGGCUGCAGAAGGAAUUCAUCUACUGUCAGACAAGCUACCACCUCCAGGUAAAGCCCUGUUGGAUGUGCUGGUGUUGGGCUCUGCUGAUGAAUCCCCUCCCAUCAAAGACCUGCUGCCUCUGCUGGGAGCCCUCAAACACAUGUCGUGCUGGCAUGCUGCUAAGAUCAAUGUAGUCACACAACACACAACCGGGUGGCAGAAAGCAGCAUCCUACCUGAGUGCUGGUCUGGUGGAGCCUGCUGACCUGGACGUCUGCAUCGACCAUAAGGAACUAUGGAGGGGCGGCCUGAUGAUCAGAGAGAAGAAGUAUGUGUCAGAGCUCCGUUUCGACGGCUUUUCUCUGCGCUCUCCAGUGCCUGACACAUCAGGGUCCAGUCUCCUGCAAUCUCCCUACACCUCCACAGACCACAAACUUCAGUCUGAGGUCUUCCAUUACUAUGCACCGGUUUUAGACCUGGUUCAGCUGGUUAAUGUGUCAGAACUGCCCAGCUUCCUGAUGUCCAGCACCCAGUUUGAACUAGGUCUCUGUGGUAAGUCAGCAAAGGCUAAACUGCUGUUGGAUCAGCUGAGGUCUCUGCGUGGACAGGUUGGAGCGUUGUUCAGCCUAUCCUGUAUUAUCACCUCCAUCGUCCAGCCUGCAGCCAGCCAGCUCAGCUCCCAGCGCUGGAGGGAAUCUAUAGCCCGGAGACUUAAGUCCCUAAGUGUGCCUGACGUCGAGGUGAAAGGCGAAAGCGCUCAUUACUUCCUGUUGGUCCAGGGAUCAGACGACGCUGGGUGUGAAACCUGCAGGGUCAGGAUGUUGCACUCAGACAGUCAAAUUAAUGGAGCGGCUGCCAUGGCAACUGUCUCCGGGUUGUUGGGAGAGAAGUCCCUAUCAUCAUCAGGGGGAGCUGUGGGCGACAUCCUCCGCCCUCUGCCCUGUCUCCAAGGAGACAGUCUGCUGAAGAGAGAGCGGAAGGUGACCCAGGUUCAGAUUCUGGUACUCAAAGAAUAUCUCAGACGGAGAGAAGAAGCGUCCGCUUCGACCUCAAUACCCAUCAAUGACUUGAAGUCCGUUCUGAGUUUAGCGAGAGAGCAGUAUCUGAAGGUGAUUGACUCCACGCUGCCCUCUGCUGCCACCUGUCUGCAGGACAACCCGGGGACUGACAAAAAAUCAGUUUUUCAGACCGUUGCCCACCAGCCAUCUGACUGGCCUGAGAGGAGCGUCCUCCACAACAUAGAGAACCUGCAGAGGAGACGACAGAAGAGGAGAUUUGGACUGUUAGGUCCAGGCUCUAGCGACAGCCUGCUGGGUCCCAAAGAUGUUCAGAAGGCUUCCUGUGCUCUGCUCGAUGCCAAAGAGCUUCUCAAACACUUCACAGCCGAUGGUUUGCCGACUGGGGAGCUCCAACCCCUGGUUAUCAAUAGAGGUACUAAUGUGUUUCAGUUGUCACCAGACCUCUCUCCAAGAAGAGUCAGCAACAUGUCCUUCAGCAAGGCCUCCGCCUCGCAUUACCACGGCAUAGAGUUCUGUCUGGACAAUCAACGCUCCUUGGACCGGGACCAGGCCUUUGUGCGGCUCCAGUCCCGUCUGAUUCGGCACGAGACGCAAACCACCUGCUCCAAAGAGCCGUGUGCCCUCCCCUUCGCCCUCAGCCCCGCCCCCUCCCCUGCUGUGAUGUCCGAACCAGGAAGUGUGCCUGACGGAGAGACUCUGCAGAAUGCUGACGUAGCUCGACUCAAGCGAAGGUCCUGGGACACGGACGUCGCUGGUCAUCCUCGCAAAAAGUUGGUGAAGUCGGAGAGCAGUGACUCCCUCUGUUCUCAGAGCAGUGGCAGCAGUGGGACACACCCCGCCAUCAGGUCUCUGAGACAACAGCCGAGCAGAUCUGUCUCCAUCAGUGCUUCUUCCUCUUUAGUCACUUCAACAAGACGCACAUCCUCAGGUUUGGUGACUCAUUCCUCUGCUGACAAACCAAAACCUCAGCAGCAGAAGACACAACAGGAGCAACUAGAGGAGAAACUUGCCAAAGAGUCCCGUUCACAGAAACACAACAGGAUGUUGCAGGAGGUUGUAGUUAAAGCACUCAAACAUCACGGGAUCACUGCAGAGCAUGAGUGCUUUGAGGCCUGCAGCAAGAGACUGUUUGAUAUCUCGAAAUUCUAUCUCAAGGAUCUGAAGACGUCUCGGGGUCUGCACGAUGAGAUGAAGAAGGCCGCCGGCAGCAACGUCAAACAGGUCAUCGACUGGGUGCUGGAGAAGAUGUCAGGGAAGUGAAGACGACUUUGAAGAAUAAGUGGGGGGGAAAUUAUUUAAAAAUAUGUUUGUUUGUUUUAUACCUUGGUGAGGGAGAAUCCAAUCCUUGAAAUGUGCAAAUUGUGUCACAUUUCAACACAUUAUCAUAUUGUAUAUUAUAUGUAUUGUUUUAUCGUUUGGUUUUAAAUCGCUGCAUUAAGCCUAUUCAAGCAAACUUAAUCUUUUAUUUCAUUUUAUUUGUCUGUCUCACUGAGGGGAUAAUCUGGCUGUGUACAUAUUUCUUCUGAUCUAUUAUAUAUGUGUGUGUGUGGGCGGUUGUGUGCUCGUCCAGCUCGAUCUACUCCCACUGCUCACAAACCUUGAAACAUUCAAACAGACAGUUCACUCUGCUCCGGCUGCAGUGACUGAGGAGACACACGGGCUCUGACGCUGUCGUUUCUUCUUUGUUGCUGUUUUCAAACAGGAUUUUAAACCGUUUCCCACUUGUUCAUCGUGUUUCUGAAUAUGAUAGUAAUUUAAAGGCUUUAUAAAUGUGUGUAUUUUAUCUUUGUGUUUUAUAUUUUAUAAUACAAUAAAGAACUGUUGAAUCUUA